AUACAAUAAAUGUUUGUAAUAGUAUUGGAUAUCAAUAUUAAAAUGGCGCAGGAAUUGAUUUCACUGUGAAGAGAUCAGAACCCCCCUGCUAUUGCCUGUGAGUGGUACAGUCCAAAACUGGCCAGUGAAAUGGGAAGGCAACGGGCAAGUGGAACUCUGGACUUUAUGGAUGCUGGGGGGAGGGGGAUGUGGAGCAUCUCACGCUAAAUGACACCUGCUUAAAAUUGUUAAUGUUUGGGUUGUCGUUGUGUGUUUGCAGCAGGUGCUUGCCUUUAUUUGUUUUAAAGAUGAACAGGGCAACAGGAGGAUCCCCAUAUGUCUACCCUUGUUGGGCUGUGUGUAUCGAACAGCGGAACGAGAACGUUACGACAUUGAGGUGAAAUGAAAUCACUCGUGCAAUGACGUUAAAUGAGGUGAAACUAUGCCAAGAUGAUGAUGGAAUUUUAGGUGGAGGGUCACGGGUGUGACGCAUCAUAACCUGACCAGUGACUUUGAGGAAGCGCUUUAAAAGAGAUGCACACCUACUCAGUGUAACAGCUGAUCUCCAUCAUUUGGUGAACGAACACAAGUCUGUCUUUCGUCUUCAGGUACAGAUUUGGCAAAAUAAAGAGGAUGACCUCUCAACAGCCAAAGGCCUUCGUCAUGUCACACACCUCCAACCAGUGGAGCUCUGGAAUCUGUGACUGCACUGAGGACAUACCAGAGUGUUGUUUUUCAUUUUGGUGCUUCCCCUGUUUUGCGUGUAUGACGGCUCGCAAGCACGGCGAGUGUCUGUGUCUGCCUUUGCUGGACGGGUUCGGAGGAUGCGUUCCUCCGAUAACGCUGGCGAUGCGGGUGUCCGUGCGCACUCGCUAUGGGAUCCAGGACUCUAUCUGCAAAGACUGUGUGUACUCCACCUUCUGUGGGAUCUGCUCCUGGUGUCAGAUAUCCCGGGAAAUCAAUGUCCGUGAGCAAAAUGUCACAUUCAUCAACAGUCGAGCAAAUUGAAGGCCCUCCAUUUUUCUGCACUGUUACAAAUGAAAUGACUCUCAUUCUUCUCUGUGACAUUAGACCUACACCGUUGUAUUUGAUCCAUUUUUUUCAGGCACAAUUUUGGAGAUUUUGGCCUUUCUUCUUUCAGACUAGUGAAAAUAAAACAUGCAAAAUAGACAUUUUAGUGUUUAUUUUAUUUCCUUUUAUCGAUUUGCAUCUGUGAAUUUCAAUUGCGAUACGUAUCUUUAAAGGCUGUUUUAUCAACAAAACAAAAAAAAAGUUUACUUUUACCAAACUUAACAGUAUAAUUUAAUCAUUUAAUAUAAUAUAUAAUAUAUUCAUCAGGGUUAUAUAAGAUUUAGGGAAUUUUUUCCCCAGCUUAUUGACAUUGAUUCAUGAAAAGAGAAAUCCAAAAUCUCUGAUUCGGAAUUGUAUGCAAAUUCAUAUUUAUUUAUAUAUAAUGCCUCAUUUGCAUAUUUAAAGAAACAAAUCUGAAAACGUGUAAUACGGAAGUAUUGUUUCAUUGUACUGUGAUUAAUCAUUUGGUGGAAGUAUAUGGUGAUAUCGAUUAGUUGAUUGUCUUAAUCUAUUGCCUUAAUAAAAACAGUCUGAUGGUCA